AUGGCUAGCAACAAUCUUGUGGUGAGAUUGGUAUGCUGUGCGGUCGUCUGCGCCGCGGCACUGAGUAUAAUAACCACCGUUCCAAAGGCGGAAGCAGCCGUGUCAUGCGGCCAACUCACAAACGAGCUCAUGCCAUGCUUGUCAUACAUAUUGUAUGGGGGGAACACGGUGCCUCAAGGGUGCUGCAAUGGGGUUAGGACCGUCUUUAACACCGCUCGGACCACCCCGGACCGGCAAGCCGUAUGCAACUGCAUUAAAAGCUCCAUUGUUGGAGUCCCUUACACUAACUUUAACAUUGUCAAUGCUGCUGCCGUUCCAAAGAAAUGUGGUGUCAACAUUUCUUACCAGAUCAGUCCCAAUAUUGAUUGCAGCAGAGUGCAGUAAGUUUGAAGAUAAGUGGAGCAGUAGCUGAAGAGGGAUGUUAUUACUUAGUAGUAAUGUGUCCA